AUGAAUGAUAUAGACAAUCUAGCCGAAAUUAAAAAGAAACUUUGGAAUGGUUCUAUUAACGUAAAAAUACUACUAAACAUUGAAGAUCAAAUUAUUGAAUAUCUUUUGACUAUUCCAAGAAACUCAUAUUUUCCAACAGUUUUCCCACAACUAAUACGAUAUUUCCAAAACUUUAUCACGACUAUUGAAUUGAGCAAGGUUCCUAUUUGGUUAGAAUUCGAGGAAGUCCCACUCAAAUGGAAUUUACCAGUUGGGGUUUUGUACGAUUAUCUAUAUUUGCCAGCUCUUUUAAAUGACCAUGACUUGGGUUGCUGGACGAUAUCUAUGAAAUACGAACCCGUAUAUCCGAUAGAGUACAUAAUUCCAUUUAAUGAAAAACUAGCGGGGGAUGGACAAAUUGAUUAUAUGAAAACAAUGAAUCGUAUUCUAAUGAAUCAAUUGAAACAAUCAUGUUUUGUACUUAAUGGCACUGCCAAACCAAUAAUGCAAUUGAGUGAAGCCAACACAAAUCAAUUAUGGAAAUCACUAAUAUCAAGGAAUUUGGGUGAUUUUAAUGUUUUAAAUAAAAAGAUUAUUAAAACCAUCGAUAGGAUACCGGUGAAAAUAUAUAUUGCCGGAUCUCCCAUUGUGGUGCAAGCACCUAUAUCGAAAGAUCAAACAUUACAGGAAAUAUUGUCAUUGCAUACCCCUAAUUUAUCAUCUUCUUCUUCUUCAAUGUCUCAUCCUUAUAUUCAAGGUAUUGAUGUAACUUCAUUAAUGAAUCAACUGAUACGAGAAAUUUGGCAAUUAUUCAAACAUUUAGAUAAUUUUUUAUAUAUUACUCUAAUUAUCCUCUAA